ACCAAAAACAAUGAUGAGAAAAUUGCUAAGAGAAUUUUAGUGAAUUAUUUAUGCUACUGUACGGUAUUCCGGAACACUGUAUUGUCAUCUGCACAAGUCUCAUCAUUUUUUUUGUUGUCAUCACAAUCACCUAAUUUCCAGCCAUUCAAGAUGAGUGUACCACCACAGGAGCCCCUUCAAGCAAUUCAUGUAGGCUGUAUGUUAAUAAUAUGUGUUACCUGUCAAACAGGUGAAAGAGUUGGUUAUUUUAAUGGGUCAUCAGUGGUUGUCCUAAAUACCACCAUAAAUGUCCGAAACCAAGUCCAGUUUAGUUUUCGAACUUGUAAUGGCGGUCAGCUACUUACCGAUAAUGGCCGCAAUAAUGAUACAAUAGAAUUUUCCCUGGAUAAAGCCACAGGAGAAUUAGUUGUCCUAUGGUCCACUUCAGGUUUGUCCAAUAGCACAAGAAUCGGUUCAGACCUGAACAGAAACAUCUGGACAAGUAUACAAUUGUCAACAGAGAUCUUUCAGUCAGGCCAGCAGGUCCAGAUUCUUGUGAACUCUGGGGCAUUUUCUGAUGUUUACCUAAGCGGCCCAGACAGUGAAUUGCUCAGUAUCGAUCUGAGUGGUGGCCAACUGGUAACUAUUGGCGACGGUUUCCUUGGAUGCAUAGAAGAAGGGAGCGGUUUAAAUUUUGAUGAUGCCGUCUACUCAGAGAAUGUGCAGUGGGAAACAUGUCCACUGGAAACCCAGCAAGGAUGUGACGAUAUUGACCAGUGCUACAGCCAACCAUGUCAAAACAAUGGCAAAUGCAUCGAUACCACAGGUGGAUAUGAAUGCAGGUGUACCACCAGGUAUUCUGGAGACGCUUGCCAGGUGGAUAAUGGUAAUUUAUGUUAUGGUAAUGACCCAAAGUAUGCUCUUGAUUGUGGAGCUGGGUUUUGUUUAGAGCAAGACAAUGGUAACUACACAUUGUGUCUAUGCCCUCCUGGAUACUCAGGAACUGGUUGCAAUCAAACUGCUAACUAUUGCUCCGAUGAGCCCUGUGAAAACGGAGCAACCUGUGGCAACAAUGGUUAUAAUGACGGUUAUGUGUGCACAUGUGUUGAUGGCUUUACAGGCACUAACUGUGAGACAAACAUAGAUGAGUGUUCAUCAAAUCCCUGUUGGAACGGUGGCUUAUGCAUUGAUGGCAUCUAUAACUUUACAUGUGAUUGUGCAAGUACUGGGUAUGAAGGCCACACCUGUUCCCAGCCGAUAGAUGAGUGUAACCCUGUUUCUCCAUGUAAAAAUGGAGGCACAUGCCUAGACAUCAAUAGUGGUUACACUUGCGUGUGUGUGAUCGGCUUCACAGGGAUUAACUGCGAGGAGGAAGAGGAUGAGUGCAAGUCGGAUCCAUGUGCCAACCAGGGAACUUGUGAGGAUGAGCUUAAUGGUUUCACAUGUACGUGCGUUGCAGGGUUUAAUGGAACCUAUUGCAGCAUUAAUAUUGAUGAAUGUGCAGGAAUUGUUUGUAAUGGUAGUUACAUUUGCAACGACUUGAUUAAUUAUUAUGAAUGUAUCUGUCCAGAUGGAACAUCUGAAACAAAUGGCCAAUGUAUUGACAUUGAUGAGUGUCUCAGCAACCCAUGUAAAAAUGAUGCAAUUUGCUUCAACGAUGACAACAGAUAUGAAUGUAACUGCACUGAAGGCUACCAGGGAACUAAUUGCAACCAUGAUAUCAACGAAUGUGAUUCGAGCCCAUGCCUCAAUGGUGCAACAUGCGAGAACAUGCUAGCCAUGUUUAAUUGUGUGUGCGCACCAGGUUUUAACGGCAUAAACUGUGAGAAUAAUAUAGACGAGUGCGGAUCAAACCCCUGUUAUAAUGGGGCUACAUGCAUAGAUCUUAUUAAUACAUUUAGUUGUUCUUGUGUAGAUGGUUAUGAGGGUGAUUUAUGUGAAGAAGAUACUGACGAAUGUUGGUCCAGUCCAUGUGAGAAUGAGGCCACCUGUACUGAUAACAUCAAUAGUUUUGCUUGUAUAUGUGCACCUGGAUUUCAGGGUGUGACAUGCGGACAGGAUAUUAAUGAAUGUGCAUCCAAUCCAUGCCAAAAUGAUGGUGACUGCAUUGAUCUCACCAACGAUUACUUUUGUAACUGCACAUCAGAAUGGAUGGGCAAAACCUGCACAGAACAGUAUGAUCCCUGUAUUUUUCUAACACCCUGUGAAAAUGGUGCCACUUGUGCAUCAAAUCCACCAAGACCAAACUAUAACUGUACAUGUGUCGUUGGUUUUGAUGGUAGUAAUUGCGAAAACAACAUUGAUGAUUGUAAAAACGUAGUGUGUCCUAAUAAUGUCACUGUGUGUUUUGAUUUAGUUGAUAACUAUGAAUGUAAGUGUCCAAUUGGAUAUGAAGGCGACCUAUGCAAUGUUGAUAUAGAUGAAUGCGCUUCUAACCCAUGCAAGAAUGGUGGUACCUGCAACGAUCAUACAGGAUUCUACAAUUGCAGCUGUGUUCCUGGAUAUGAUGGUGUGAAUUGUGCAAACAACAUAGAUGAAUGUGCAAGUUCACCUUGUCUAAAUGAUGGUAUCUGUCGUGAUUUGGAGAAUGCAUUUGUAUGUCUUUGUCUUCCCGGUCUGGACGGUACCCGUUGCGAGGUUGAUAUUAAUGAAUGCCUGUCAAUACCAUGCAAAAAUGGAGCGACUUGUAAUGAAUCACUUGGUGAUGUAGAUUGUACCUGUGUACCAGGGUACACAGGUAAAUAUUGUGAAGUAAAUAUAAACGAAUGUGAAUCCUCACCUUGUCAAAAUCGUGGCACCUGCGUGGAUGGAAUCAACGAGUACAACUGCACUUGUAUGCCCGGCUAUAUUGGUGUGAACUGCGAGAUAGAAUUCAACGAAUGUGAAAGUACCCCAUGUUUAAAUCACGGCGUAUGCAUUGAUUUGGUGAACAAGUUUGAGUGCAACUGUAAUAAUACAGGAUUUACAGGUGACACAUGUAAGAUAAACAUAGAUGAAUGUGAGUCAUCGCCAUGCCAACAUGAAUCAACGUGUAGAGAUCUUAUUAAUGAUUACAACUGUUCUUGUCAUGCGGGUUAUGAGGGCAAAAACUGUGAGGUUGACAUUCCAGAAUGUGCAAGUUUUCCUUGUCAAAAUAAUGGUACAUGCUUUGAGAGGUCGAAUGCUAGUUUCUACGGUAUCAAUGGACCAUUUAAUGACAGUUUCAGCUACGAUAACGCAGAAGGCUUUGUUUGUGAAUGCAUGCUAGGCUUUGUAGGCACAUUCUGUGAGACAAAUUUUGAUGAGUGUGGUUCAUCAGCAUGCCUUAAUGGUGCAACCUGCAUUGAUAUGGUGAACAUGUUCCAAUGUCGUUGCGCCCCAGGUUACCAAGGUGUUUUGUGUGAAAUCGAAAUCGACGAAUGUCAAUCAUCACCAUGCUUUAAUGGCAGUACUUGUGUUGACCAUGUUGCAGCUUACAUGUGCCUAUGUGCUGACGGGUACGGCGGCAUCAACUGUGACAUCCGCUUGAUAGGAUGUAAUAGUUCAGACUGUCAGAAUGAUGCUGUAUGCAUCCCGUAUUACAAUAUCACAUCUUCAACCCAUGAGUUCACCUGCCGUUGUUUGGAUGGCUACACUGGAACUUCUUGUGAAAUAUCUACAGCAGCAUCAUUUGAUGAUGGAUCCUAUCUUACUGAUUCCUCAGUGAAAGAUAAAGAAACACUGAACUAUUCUCUCCAGUUUGCCACAACCCUCCCAGGUGGUCUUCUGUUGUACUCUGAAAACCAAGGUGGUGGUUACUUCCUUGUGGAGCUUUUUAAUGGCCAAUUGUUUUUAAAGUAUUCUGGAGAGAAUGAAAGUUCACUGGAGUUAAACAAUGUGAAUUCUGGGUUAAAUGAUGGCAAUUUUCAUACCGUCACUGUCAUCAUCACCAACAGUGCCAUCACUCUCACUGUGGCAAGUACUUCAGUGACCAAAUCCACCAACAUCCCUAGUAAUUAUAACUUGUUUGUAUUUGGGGAGCUCUUCAUCGGAAAUGUGGAUCCAUCAAUGGAAGCAAGGGUAGCAGAAAUAUCACAGUCAGAUGAAGCCUAUGUAGGAUGCAUGCAAGACAUAUUCAACAAUGACGGCACUCUGAUUCUACCACCUGGAGCAACUAGCAGACGAAGGAGGAGGCAGACGAGCACAGGUACAACUUCCCAGGCUGGAUGCAGUCGCGUUGAGCAAUGCACAUCCACAACAUGCAGUGGACAGGGCAGUUGUGUAGAUUUGUGGUGGACAUUCAGCUGUGACUGUGACCCAACAUGGACUGGAAUCACUUGUAAUAAUUCAUUGGUACCUGCCACAUUUAGCAACGAAAACAGCACAAGCUCUGCUAUAUUUACACAAACGGGCAAUGUCAAUACCUUCACGUCACUUGAACUCAGCUUUAGAACCAGAAAGACAAGCGGACUCCUUUUCUAUUCUGAACUUGACCACAGCUACUUCGCAGUUGAGCUUAUCAAUGGAAAAGUUUCAGUUAAUUCCAGUUUUUCAAACCAGAUUCAAACCAACGAUGCUUACAGUGACGGAAACUACCACUUUUUAAGUGUGAUGAGAGACAAAACGUCACUUUCUCUCAUGGUCGACUCACAAACAUUUGUGAACGUCUCUACAACUGCUAAUGACAAUUCAUUGCUAUUUAACACACACUUUGUUGGUGGUUCGAAUACUCCUAUAGUUGAUGGAGUGGUUGGUGACUACUUUAAAGGUUGCAUUGUAGAUGUUCGCUAUAAUGAACUGCAUCUUGAAUUCUAUCCAGUUAGCAUUGAAAAUUUCACACUAAAUUCGUUGGUCAUGUCCAGCAAUAGCUUUAACGUUCUUGAGGGAUGUAUAUCAGAUGAUACAUGUAAAUCAUCCCCGUGCACAAACAAUGGAACUUGUAUGGUAACGUGGAAUGAUUACCAGUGUAGCUGUAAAAAGGGCUUCCAAGGAAAGAAUUGCUCUGAAGAAACUGCUUGCACUCUCGGAGCGUGUCCGGAUGGUGCAACUUGUAACGACCUGGAUGAUGGGGGAAUAGAAUGUGUCACUGUACAAACAUUUUCCGUUGAAAGUGGUAUCACGUAUGUGAACAACGUCACAAAUACAGACUUAACCAGCGUGUCGCUACAAUUACGUACGCGCAAUAAUUAUGGCCUUCUGUUGCACUCCAACAAUGCCGAUGGAUUUUUCACUUUGCAAAUUUAUGACGGUAAAGUGCUCUUAAAGUUCAACAUAUCUGGUAGUACAGGCACAUUAGAAACAAGUGCAACGGUGAAUGAUGGUAGCUGGCAUGAUGUCGACAUUGUGAUCACACACAGCCUCCUUAAAAUAAUUAUCGAUGAUGUUGAUGAUGUAUCAGGAAGUGUUGUAAUAACAUCAUUCAACACAGUGAUCACAAACACGCUUGUUUACCUAGGUGAUGUUAACUUUACUAAUACAGAAUUCUUUAACAAUAGCAUCGGAUUUGAAGGCUGUUUAGAGGAAGUCCGUGUCGGGCAGCUGCUACUGCCAUACCUUGAACCAAAUCAGUACAACAGUGUAAGUCCCGAACAGUUUACUAUUUCCACGAUGGUUGAUGUUGUAUCUGGUUGUCAGGGACGUGCAGUCUGUGAUUCUGGUCCAUGCAUAAACGGUGCAACUUGUGAAGACACUUGGAAUGAUUACUCAUGCCAAUGUGCAGAUGGUUUUGAUGGCGAACAUUGUCAAAACAACAUCAACGAAUGUAGCUCCAACCCAUGUUUUCAAGGAUCUUGUGUGGAUCAUAUUAACUCAUACUUGUGCGAGUGUUAUUCUGGAUAUAAUGGCAGUUAUUGUGAUCAAGACAUUAAUGAAUGUGACUCCAACCCUUGUGAAAAUAAUUUUGCGUGUACAAAUAUGGUCAACGACUUCUCUUGCAAUUGUAGCGCCAACUACACAGGAAAAACAUGCAGUGUAUCGAUUUUUGAUUUGGUAACAUGUGAUGACUCUCCUUGUGAUAAUGGGGCAACCUGCAUGGAUGUGGCAACCCCAUCACCAAACAUGCUUCUUAUCAAGUGCAUUUGUGCUGCUGGCUACGAAGGUCCAACCUGUUCAACAGAGAUCGACUAUUGUAUCAACAAUGCAUGCUCUUUAAACAGUGUAUGCAUGCCAACAGUGGAAAAACAAAAUUACACGUGUCAGUGUUUCACAGGGUACGAAGGCACAUUGUGCAAUGAGAACAUAGAUGAUUGUGCUAGCAGUCCCUGCCAGAAUGGAGGUACAUGUACAGAUGAACUCAACAGUUACAACUGCGAUUGCAUUCCAGGUUACACAGGAAUACAUUGUGAGGAGGAUAUUGAUGAGUGUUCCAGCGCUCCAUGUGUCAAGGGAACAUGCUUAAAUGCUGUUAAUUCAUUCACAUGCACAUGUGAUGCAGGAUACUCAGGUGAUACUUGCAACCAAGAUAUAAAUGAAUGUAGCGAAUUUCAGCCAUGCCAAAAUGGCGGUCAUUGUGAUAAUAUUGAAGGGAGUUAUACAUGUAAUUGCCUGAGUGGGUUCUUUGGGAGGCACUGUGAAAUCAACCCCUGUGAGAACAGUCCCUGUGCAAACAAGGGUAACUGCUCAGCUGUGACUGCUGAUAACUUCAACUGCACAUGUCCCAUGGGUUACCGUGGCAUCUACUGUGGGGAAGUGACCUGUGAAAAUGUGGUAUGUCAGAAUGAUGGGAACUGCAACUUGGAUUUCACAACCGCCACUUGGUCCUGCAAUUGCAGUCAGUUCUAUUCAGGUGAGUUGUGUGACUGGGAGGGACCAUGUGUCAAUUCCCCCUGCCAAAAUGGUGGGAGUUGUUCUCAGCCCACUGGAGAUAAGCCUGUGGAUUACACCUGUGACUGUGUCACUGGUUACGAAGGUAACAACUGUGAGAAGGAAAUUGAUUGGUGUGAAGCUAACCCCUGCCAAAAUGGUGCCACCUGCUCAAGCAGCCCUCCUGGCCCAAAUUGCGCCUGUGUUGAUGGCUGGAAAGGUGAUAAGUGUGACACUAAACUAUCCUGUCUCUCAACAUCAUGCAAGAACAACGGCACGUGCUCAGAGGAAACCAAUGGCUUCUCAUGUGUGUGUGCUGCAGGCUAUACUGGCAACCAGUGCGAAGAGGACAUCAAUGAAUGUCAAAGUAGUCCAUGUAUGAAUAAGGCCAUAUGUAUUGACAAUGUUAAUGGUUACAAUUGUUCAUGUUCGAAAGGUUGGCAAGGCAGCCUCUGCGAGAAUGACAUCAAUGAGUGUGUACCAAUGCCCCCAUGCGAGAAUAACAGCAGUUGUACUAACACCCCAGGCAGUUACAAUUGUUCAUGUCCUGAAGAGUUUGCUGGCAAAAACUGUUCUUUUGAAAAUCCUUGCUUGAUGUCUCCAUGUGAAAAUGGAGGCACAUGUCACGUGGAUGAGAACUCCCAACUUAAGUACUACUGCAAAUGCAAUUCAAAGUAUGAAGGCUCAACCUGUUCAGAUGCUGUCAAACAAGGUGAUGAUAAAUGGAUCAUUAUUGGAGCAGUUCUUGGAGGAGUAGCAGUAUUCAUCCUCCUGAUAAUCUUAGUCAUCUUCCUCCUGUCAGUCAAAAGUAAACGUCGCUCUCAAGGAACCUACAGCCCAAGUCGACAGGAGAUCACUGGGUCACGAGUUGAGAUGGACAACAUAUUAAAAUUGCCACCGGAAGAACGCCUUAUUUGAAUCAACAACGAUAAAACCUUCGAACCAUUCCAAGGCCUAUGGGGGCCCGAUACAACCAAAGAUAUACAGAGCUAGUAUGCCUAUGCCAAACAUUACAAAGUAAAACCUUGAUUUUGUUCCUUAAAACAGGUUAAAUUCAAUUAUAGCUGCAGUAAUCAAGACUAUAACUGAUCAGUGCUGGCCCAUUGGCAUGUUCAAAUCUUUGAUAUCAGAAAAUGAUGUUUAUCUCAAACUGAAUGGAUAGAUGUCGAAGAAUACACAACCAUUUCGACUACUAUAUAUGUUAAAGUAUGAGAUGAAUAUAAUUCUUCAUAUUUUAUGUUUAUUGUCACUGAAUACAAUCCAUUACGUUCCGUCUUCCAGUGUUUAGCCUCGGAUCUAAUACGUUACACCUGCAUGGUCUUUACUGUAAAUACAAUAUGUAAAUUUUAGGUUUUGUAAAUAAUUUUAUCUCGAAUUUACAUCAUGUAUUUUUGUAUUUUUCCCCUUUCUAAAUGAAUUGUUGAUUGUACGUAUAUGCCUUCAAUGUUGCACCAUAUUGCUUGAUAUCUUUAUUUGUAAUGGCAAAUGUUUGCAAUGUAGAAACACCUUGUGGCAAUUUGUGACUCAACCAAAAACAGUUAAUGAAUUUAUAAAGACUGUAUGUAUUGUAUACUGGUAUAGAACUUUAGUUAUUUAUAUUUUCAGCUUUCAACUUUUUCUUAUAGACAUUCAUCAAACAUAAUGAUAGAGUGUACAUAAAAGAUAUUAAAUUAGAUAUGAAAUAUUAUGGUACAAAUAUAUUAUAAAAAUAAAUAAAUAUAUAAGAAUGCAAAGAGGCCGACAUCAACUAAACGAAACAACAAAUGUGGAGACAAUGUCGGCCGCAAGAGGCCGUCAUCCACCAGAUGCGGUGAUGGCUCGCGUCAGAUCGAAAACCAAAUAAGGUCACGCGCACAGUCAUCACAUCCAGCAGACAUCUGCCUUCAAUAAUACAAUUUUUAUUUUAAGAGCUAAAUUCUAAAAUGUUCAAAUAUAACAAGUUUGUGCACAAGAAACAUCCUUGAAAGUAUAAGUGAAUAUUUGAUAAGAUACUGUAUAUUGAAAUAUGGAAAUUAAAAAAAAAUAGGUGGAUAUGUGACAAGACAUAGUUUAAGCUGCAGUGUGUUGUGUGGACAGUUGUAUCAGUACACAAUUCAUCCUUGGCAGGUUUUUUGUUUUUUUUUAAUUUAACUGCAUCAAGUACUAAAGACAUGCUGUUUUUGUUGUUCCAAUAUAUGUACAGUAUUAUAUAUUUUGGAAAUAUGAACUUUGACUAUGGUUCCUUUUUUGUACUCUUGGUUCAGUCUGCGCAAAAUUUGAGAAGGUGUCUCGAAGAAAAUUGAACCAAAUUGUAUAUAGAUAUACAGGAUUUUUGAUAAAAUAAUAAUUUAAAAAAAAAACAUUAGAUAUACAAACCUUGAUUAACUUUUCAGAAGUCCAUUUAGAAACAACACCUUGUAAAUAAUACAUAUGCAAUUAUUCCAAAAUAUUUAUAGUUCGCCAUUUUUGUAUGUUUGGAAUUAUCUUAAAUGUCAGUAAACAUUCAAGAUGUUUUAAGAUGUUUUGAAAUAGAAGUUGAUUUUCACAAGUACAGUAAAACUAUUAAUAUUUAUAUCAAAUGUAGUUGUGAUAUACUCGGCUAAAAUUCAUGAAUGAAAGUACUUGUAAAAAAAUGUUAUUAAACUUAAUUCUUAGAGAAAUACUAAGGCAAUAUCAUUUUUUAGAAUGUUAAAUGUCACUUUUUAAAAAUAGAUUUCAAAACAAAAUUAUUUUGAUAACAAUUAUAUUAUUGUCUCAUUUCUAUCAUUUGUGCAUGUUUUUUUAAUAAUGAGGUUUUUGCAAUGCAUUGUUCACUGAAUGAUACUACUUUAUUAUAAAAAUGUGCUGGUGUCAAUUUUUAAUUAUACGCACUACAUACUUUACUUCUUUUCAGAAUGUAUAGAAGUAAACAGAUAUUCACAUAGUGUUGUCAGUGUUUCAUAUAAACUGUAAAUCCCACGUAGUUAGAUAGGAGGGUAACAUGUUAACAAAAAUAUGCCACAUUUUUUUAACUAGAAAAGCAAAGCAAAACCUGCCUAAAUGUUUCAAAGGGAAUAAAACUUCUUUUCACAUUAUUAAAAUUAUUUUUGUUUACAUUAUAAUGAUGAAGAGAACAUCGGGUAAAUUUACAUUUAGAAAAAAUUAAAUUUAUAAAUUUUUCUGUAAACCAAUCAAAUGAGUCAUUUAAUAUACUAUUGGAAAACUAGUUUGAUUGUUUAUUAUAGUUUCAAAAAAGCAAUUAUCAAGUAUAUAAUAAAGUUGAAUGUCAAUUAUA